AUGAUAGAAUUGCAGGCAACGCACCACCCAGAUCUUCGUCAAGAUGUUCUUGUAAAAGACGAAUACCACUUUCUAAGCGUCUCUGGAAUUGGAACGAUUACGGUGUACGACACCUUUGACUGCACCUUUGAAUGUCUCAGCAAUCCUUCAUGUUUGUCUCUGAAUCUGGCCGCCUCCAAAAGAGCCGAUCGAAAACUUUGGUGCGAAUUGUUGACUUCGAAUAAAGACAUCAACCCAGAUGCGUACAAAGAAAACAAGACUUCACAUCACUUUUCCAUGAAGGUGCGAAUUGAGUUUUAGCUAAAAGCGUUAGUUUUAUUAAUAAUCCUGUCGUCUCAGAUAAAAAUCUCAGCAGAUUAAUUUGAUCUCAGGAUGCGAGAGUAUGUGCAGGAAGCAUUCGAAGGUUCUGGUAGCGGAAAGAACUUAAGAGCUCAAAGAGGGUAAAACCGGUUGUUUUUGUUUUUGUCUUUUUUUUAACGUAUUAUGAUGAUGAAUUAUAAGACAAUUCUUGUAUUUUCAUUUAGUGGUAUAUCGUGGGCAGUGACCUUUUUUUGCCCCUCCAGCGGCAGACAACAAAUUGCCUGCGCCGCAGACUCACUGAACCUUGUGUAUAGUGCGUCUGCGAACCAGCACACAAUACCGUGUUCGAACCCGCAGAGUCGCAAGGACUUGUAUCGGCUUUUUUGAUUGGCUAGUUUGUUACGCAGUUCGUGAUACUGAUAGUUCGUGACAAGGGAGAUUGAGCUCGUGAUAGUGUGAAACCUGACCUUGGAGUCUGCUUGAAAAACGGAACUUUUCCUUGCUCUCUUUUUGAGUAGUUUAUGCAGUGCCAUAUUCAAUAUUAUAUAAAGAAAAUUCUAGGCAACAUUUGCUACUCCGAAUACAGAUAUUUUACAGAAAACAGUCAUGGGUGACCCUUAUUCUACACUUUGACUGAGCAAAUUUUUUUGCCGCUUUGAGUCUCACACUUAGAGGUUAUGAAGCUGGUCUGUUCCAUGCAUAUUGAGUAAUUAGUUCCUGUGGGUUAUGUUUCUGCAGAUGUUUUCUGACAGGAUUUGAUCACAGAUGCAGUUUACCAUGCACCAUUAAAUGAUCUUGUUCAGUACCUCUGUUUGAGCUUUUGUUAUUGCGGCUAAAUAACCUUAGUUUCUUUGGUUUGCUACGAAAUGCCUGGACCUGAAUAGCUACAUGUGUGUAAGUGUUUUUGGCCGUGACUAUCAUUUCCUGAUUUGAUUUGACGCGAGGUCUAUUAGCUAGAUUGCAGGAAUACGCGGCAGUGCAUCUGCAGCGAUUGGAAGAGGCUGGAAAACCAAUCCGAAAAUUUUCAAGCAAAUUCUGGCGUUGAAGAAAUUUUCUCAAAGCCUUUUUUCUGUUCAGAAGAAGGCUUUUAAGUUCGAACUGCUCUUUCAUUGUUUACUGUAAACGAUCCUUGCCAACUACCUUCUGUGAAUUUUGACAUGUCACUGCGCCCAACAGUCACGCACACGUAAGAAUUAGGCCAAACGUGAGGCGAAUAAGAAACUCGCCUAUCAGAAACGUUCACAUAAUUAUGUUCUUGCUACUCUGCAGGAUAUUAGAACGAGCUUUAAUUUUGCGCACUAAUUCGUAAACGGACUCUAGAGGAAAAUGGUUAGACGAAUGCAUGGGCCGGAUAUAACACAUAAAGGCCGGCAAACAUAUAUUUUAUUCACUCUUCAUCUCGUAGAGAGAUAAGUCUUAGAUUGGGAAACUGAACGGAAAGUAGAUAAAAGCCGGUUCCCACUAGUGUAAACUGUUGCAAACAAAAUGCAUAGUCGCCUGUUUUGUCUCUUCCAGGGCAGAUUCCGUCCGACAUCCUGCGUCGAAUAUGGGCAGCAAGAUGCCUCCGAAGAUGGCUUUUAUAAGAUCUAUGACGACGGCGGAAACAGUUUCCCAGCCUACUGUGAUCUUAAAUCCGAGCCCGGUACUGCAAAACCCUGGUCAUGUCUUGGAGUAGAGAGAAUCGCCGUAUUUCUGCGUUUUACAACACUCCACUUAACCGCAAUGACCCAGAAAACGAGAACUCCCCGAACUGGGAUCGUUACCGGUUAA